ACGUGUGUCGUAUAUGAGCGCAAACCGACUGUUAGUGAACUUACUGGGUGUUUGGCCUUCCUGCAGUUUACAACAGCUCCUCAGACUAUGGCUUUUAACACUUUUACCGGCCCGUGACACCGCAGCGAGACUUCACGUUGUCAAACUUUGUGUGCAACUGGUGUUUGUGCAAGAAGAGGUUGAAAAGCUUGACCCACUUCUGGCUCCACGUUCUGACGUGACGCUCAUGGCUGGACUCAGACUGAGCACUGAAAAUCUCCCCUGCUCUCUCAUGGAUGGACUGUGUUCACUAUCCUCUGUAUCAUUUGAUGUCAGAGAAAGAUCAGCCCCUCCUCCAGCUCCAGGAGGUGGACUCCAGUCGAGUUGGCAGUCGUGUCCUUCCUCCUGUCCUCGGCUCCUCUUCACCUUGCUUGUCCAUGGAAAACAGCCAGCCCAUUUGCAUCCCCUCCCCUUACACUGACCUGGGCCACGACUUCACCACCAUACCUUUUUACAGUCCAGCUAUCUUCAGUUAUGCCAGUGCUGGCAUCUCAGACUGCCCCUCUGUCCAUCAGUCAAUAAGCCCCUCCUUAUUCUGGCCCAGCCACAGCCAUGUUGGCCCACCCAUACCACUGCAUCACUCCCAGGCUCGGCCUCAGCACGGGCAGCCAAUCCAGAGUCCCUGGGUAGAGCUGUCGCAGCGGGACAGUGUGUUAACAGCCAGUAAGAGUGUGAGGAGGCGUUCUCAGGAGAGUGAGGAGGCCGUGGUGUCGUCGGGCGGGAAGGCGGACCUCCACUACUGUGCUGUGUGUCAUGACUACGCCUCAGGGUACCACUAUGGCGUCUGGUCCUGUGAGGGCUGCAAGGCCUUCUUCAAGAGAAGCAUCCAAGGACACAAUGACUACAUCUGCCCAGCAACCAAUCAAUGCACUAUAGACAAGAACCGCCGUAAGAGCUGCCAGGCGUGUCGCCUUCGCAAGUGCUGUGAAGUUGGCAUGACCAAGUGUGGUAUACGAAAGGAGCGUGGAAACUUCAGGAACCAGACCAGGCGAAUGACCCGUCUGUCCUCACAGGGCCGGUCUAACAGACCAAAGGUAUUAACAGGACCAGUGGUGGGUUCGUUAAUCGUGCCCCAGCCUCCUGCACUGACCCCAGAGCAGCUGAUUGAGCGAAUAAUGGAGGCAGAGCCGCCAGAGAUCUAUCUUAUGAAGGACAUGGGGGGGCCGCUGACUGAAGCAAACAUCAUGAUGUCGCUCACCAACCUGGCUGAUAAGGAGCUGGUUCACAUGAUCACCUGGGCCAAGAAGAUUCCAGGGUUUGUAGAGCUCAGCCUCUUGGACCAGGUGCACCUGCUGGAGUGCUGCUGGCUGGAGGUUCUGAUGAUCGGACUGAUGUGGAGGUCAGUGGACCAUCCAGGGAAACUUAUCUUCUCCCCUGACCUCAGCCUCAGCAGAGAAGAGGGGAACUGUGUCCAGGGCUUCUCUGAGAUAUUUGAUAUGCUGAUAGCUGCCACGUCCAGGGUGAGAGAGCUCAAGCCCCAGAGAGAGGAGUACGUCUGCCUCAAGGCCAUGAUCCUCCUUAACUCCAACAUGUGCCUCAGCUCCUCAGAGGGCAGCGAUGAGCUGCAGAGUCGCUCUAAGCUGCUACGUCUCCUGGACGCUGUGACGGACGCUCUGGUGUGGGCCAUCGCCAAAACCGGCCUCACCUUCCGCCAGCAGUACACUCGCCUCGCCCACCUGCUCAUGCUGCUCUCACACAUCCGCCAUGCCAGUAACAAAGGCAUGGACCACCUCCACUGCAUGAAAAUGAAGAACAUGGUGCCUUUGUACGACCUGUUGCUGGAGAUGUUGGAUGCCCACAUCAUGCACAGCUCCCGUCUGCCUCACCGGCCUCCCCAGCAGGUGCCAGUGGACCAGACGGAGGUUCCUACUGGGCUACACAGCUGCAGUAGCAACUAGGGAUGGGAAUUCAUAAGAUUUUACACAUACCAAUGCCAUUAUCAAUUCUGGUUAUCGAUUUCCCUAUUGAUUCUUGGACAAUUUUCUGAGUGUGGAAAAACAGGUUUUCAGUGUCAACUAGGGCUGGGUAUCAUUAAAAAAAUCACUUAAAGAAUACUGACUUUAAAGCCUCAUUGCCACUGCUGAAACAUCAAUCCAAUUUGACUGCACUGAGUUUGGGAGAGAGACUGAAUAAGUAAGAGAUUUAUAAAGAGAAGCAUCCACCAUUAUGUUUUCAUAGACCUUUGUCCAUACUGCUUUCUACUGUUACUGGCUUAUCCGUGAUGUCAAACCGAUAAACCAUGCUUGUCUGCUGCAGAGCCGUGUUCUAUCAGUGUUUUAAAAACCUGUGUACAUGUGCUAAUUAUGGUGGAAAAGGCGUAUAAAAGAGUAUAUUAUCGGAUACUUUUUAUUUGUACUUAAUUCAAUACCUAUCGUGUAAAUGGAAGCAUCCAUUGCUUAAAACCCCACAGGAGUGUAGUGUAGUCGUAUGUUUUACCUCAGUGUUUCCCACAGAAUUAGAGUAUAUGUGUGGCGGUAGCUGGCCGCAUGGGAGAGGAGACAACAUGGCAGCAUUUAUUUUUAAAUGUUACUUAUUUUAAAUGCAUGUGUGUCCCUUUGUAUCAUUCUGUGUCCCCUCUCUUAAUCCAGAGGAAUGGUACAUAUCUUUCAACGGCACUUCUAAUGAAUGGUCAGGCUUCAAAAGUAGAAAAUCCAUUCUUGGUGGCAGAUUUCUUAACUGUGGUGGGCUGCCACAUAUAUAAAAAAAAAAAGAUGUGGGAAGCCUUGGCUCUUUUUGUUGGCAUCUGGGCACUCUGAACUUCCAACUCCGUUAAAUACACGCUCAACUUCACCUCAGCAGCAACUGUAUGGGCUGUAGCUGCCACGCUAGUGGGCCAAUCACGUGUGACAUUAAAUUGAAAAAUGCUUGCAGCGAUUGGCUGUGCGUAAAACCAUACCAAUUUGACGGGAGAGCUUUUCAUACUACUUGAUACUGAUUUGUAUUGGUCGAUACCUUUUCAAGUGUCAAGUUGUGAUACCCAGCUCUAGCGUCAACACUAGCGUUUUAUUGUCCCCGAGUCUGAACAGUGUAGCAUCAGUCUUUCACACUUCUUAAAUGGAUGAAGUCAGAGAUUCUUUGUACAGCAUUCAAUUUAAUUGGGUUUUCAUUUGUCCAAAAAAAAAAAAUCAUAACAUGCUUACUUGGCACUAAAGUUAUUAUAACAUAACAUACUUAUCCUUGGUAACAGAUGAGUUGGAGAGGUAGUCUUGUGUAAAAUUACACACGACAUACCUGGAAUUUAAGCUCAUGUUGCAUAGAAGAGCAUAUUACAAGUUUAAACCGCACCAUUGUCAUCUUAAUUGUCCUCCAUGACUCAAGUUUCCAGCAGAGUAGAUGCAUGAGUUUGAGGUUUUGCAAUGCACAAUUGUCAGAAAAACAUGCUGGCAUUGAUAAAAGGGACUGAUAAGCUCGAUAUAUCGAGGCAUAUGAUUGCCAUGGUUUGGAUUUUUUUUUUUUUAUUCCCAUCCCUGGAAGCAGCCUUUCAAAUACCGGGACUCCCAGCAGCACUGGAGGUGGAGGUAAACCGCAUUAGCCUAGUUCACAGGACUUGAUGAGACUUUUUACUGGAACAUUUUGCUGAAUUCUGGGAACUCUCAUUUGUGAAAUGUGCACAAGACACUGUGCACUAAUUCUAGUGAACUUUUUAAGACAUCACUGCAGACAGGCCAAAUUUAACAGUAUUCAUUGCUUUAUUGCCGCAUAUUGAAAAGACAGAGUGAAAACAAACUGUCAGGAUUUUUCCAGCAGCAGUUAUUGCUUAAAUGUUCCUGUAAUUUGUCCGCUGUGAUUCUCAUGGGCUGAGCAGCUUAUGUCAGAUCAGAUUCAUAUUUAUUCAUCAUCACCGUUUGGUCUUAAUCUGGAUGUCUGAGUGAGAUCGCCAUGUGUGAAUUAUGACUGAAGACAAAACCAGAUUAGAAAAAACAAAUUAAUUCCCUUGUAAAAAAAAAAAAAGGUAUAGGUAUUCAUUGUUACACAGCUUCUCUUCAGGACGCAAUUUAUUUAAUAUCUCUGGGUGUAUAUAUUGGAGUAACAGGAUUUUCUUCAUCGACGUUAUGAAAUACCUUGAUCCCUCAGGUAUUAAUUUCACUGGACUAGACAAAAUCAUUCACAUUUUGUAAUUUAAUCUAUAAAAAUUAAAAUAUAAAAACAAUAGCGAUAUAAAAACAUCAACUUAGUUGACGAUGAUAUAUAUUUUUUAUAGCCUAAUCGAAUAGUUCGACAGUUUGGUAAAUAAGCUUAUUCACUUUCAGGCUGAGAGUUACAUGAGAAGAUUGAUACCACUCAUGUAUGCUAGAAAUAUAUAGCUGAGCCAGCAGCUUGCCUGGCUGUACAAAGGAAAAAAAUCUCUAAAACUCACUAAUUAACAUUAAAUCUUGUUUCCGAUAGUGCGACGACCUGUCCGGGGUAUACCUCGCUUUUCGCCCAAAUGUCAGCUGGGAUAGGCUCCAGCCCCACCGUGACCCUUGAGAGGAUAAGCGGUUAUGGCUAAUGAGUGAAUGAUUGAAUCUUGCUUGUUUUAUCCAUCCAAAAACCACAAUGUGACAUUUUUUCACCUAAGUAUUUUUACAGAUUAAACCAAAGAUAUGUUAGAGAGCCUUAGAGCAAAUACACGAAAUCAAGUGUUUCGAGAUAUGCACGGUUUUUGCACCUAUCGUUCUGGAGUUUAUCACCUGAAAUUUUUGACAUAACACAAGCGUGAGCUGCAGUCGAAGCGUUGCUGCGAUGGACACUGUAACAUACAGCUAGCAGGGUAUUAGAUUAAAUUCAAGUAAAUGAAAUUUGAUACAAACAUUCAUGUGGACUCAACAAUGAGCUGACUUUUUUGGUGGUCAAAGUUCAAAGUCACAACUGUGCAUCUGUUAAAUUUUUGUCAAUAUCUGAAGAUGGCCUUAAGGGAGUCCCCUCAAAUUUGGCACACUCGGUGUAUGUAAAAGUGCAUGUUGAGAAUGUUCACCAGAGCCACAUGUUUAUGCCAGCAGGGCCGAAUGUUGUCAUUUUUGUUUGCCGUCUUGCGUGAACCAUGUUUCUGGCCUUAAGAGUUGCUGGUAACAGUUAAGAUAAUCGGUUGCACCACCAUAACUAACAUACACCAACAUUAAUGGUGUCAAACUUCUCAUCUAACUUUAGGCAAGAGUUGUUAUAUCGUGGUUAAAAUGAAUAAAGUCCAGUUUCAGUGUUCAGUGCAGGAGUAGAUACCCAUUUCGCAUAGAAUGUAGACUGAUAACCUUUAUUUUUUUUUUUAAAUUAAGAACUGAAACCAGCUGUUCUUUUACAGCAGACCUGCUGUUGACCAUUGAACGUUGAGCAUUUCACUUAUUUUCAGUAAUCAUAACCACUGUUGCUCUCCACGCAACAUUCCACUCCUGUCAAGUUUUGCUUGAAGAAAAGUGACAUUAUUUUUGUAUGUUUAUAGCUAUUGUUGACAGCUGUUGAAAAGCUCCAGAUGAAAAAAAGGCUAGUGAGGUGGCCUUCAGUCAAGAUUUUUCUAGCACCCCCUUCAAGUGCUCUUACCUUGCAUUACUUAAUUAAGAAAAUGUGUUGAAUAACUUAAGGGAUUUAAAAGGUAAUUUCAUC